AGAAGUACUCUUUUUUUGUUUGUUUCUUUUCUGUUUAGUUUGCGAUGUCUGGACGUGGCAAGCAAGGUGGUAAGGCUCGGGCUAAAGCGAAGUCUCGCUCCUCGCGGGCCGGUCUCCAGUUUCCCGUGGGCCGAGUGCAUCGCCUACUUCGUAAGGGCAACUACGCUGAGCGGGUCGGGGCUGGCGCGCCGGUGUAUUUGGCAGCGGUAUUGGAGUACUUGACGGCUGAGAUACUGGAGUUGGCUGGUAAUGCGGCGCGCGACAACAAGAAGACUCGCAUCAUUCCACGCCACCUGCAGCUGGCCAUCCGCAACGAUGAGGAGCUUAACAAACUGUUGGGCCGCGUGACCAUCGCUCAGGGCGGGGUCUUGCCGAACAUCCAGGCGGUGCUGUUGCCUAAGAAGACCGAGAGCCAUCACAAGGCCAAGGGCAAGUGAUUUGACAGGGAUUUGAGUUUCCGGAAGUGCUUUCAAACCCAAAGGCUCUUUUCAGAGCCCCCCACUAUUUCAAAGGAAGAGCUGACACCACUUGGAAUAUUAAAGAAAAAGGAAGGGCACCUUGGUGGCUUUUACUGUCUAAUGCUGGAUUAUACAGUUAACAUGAUCAUCUGCAGGGUUUCAAAAGCUUCUCACUACAAAGAGAUGCCUAGAUCCAGAGUGUCUGUCAAACUCAUCAAUUCUCAGAAAUAAAUGGACUGGCAUCUGUGUUCUGACAUCAUUGAUUGAUUCUGUACCUGCAAAUGUUUUCCUAUUAAAAACUUACUUGGGUUUC